UAUCAACAAGCUUCAGUAGUUCAGGUCCUGCUCCUUCCUCAGAGCUCCGACAUUGGCGCCUCUACGAAUUAACUCGACACACACUCCGCGCUUGCUGAAGCGGAAUCUCUCUCAAUGCCGCAAGCCCUCUUUCUCAAGCCGUUCGUUUCGGCUCCUGUAAGCGACUACAGUAAAUCAGAUGUGCAUAGACAUCUUAGUUAUGUCAAUGUCAGAGUACGGGGGAGAGGGGUGGUGAUUUGUAUGGGUAUGUUGGCCCCAAGAAAGUUUCUGCAGAAGAGGAAGAAAGUGGAGACUUUCAAAGAUGCAGCUGAUGAAGCUGAUCAAAUGAACUGGAGGAGACUGAUGAAAGAAAUCGAAGAAGCAGGCUCAGCAGUUGCAGUUCUUAGAAGUGAGAGGGCCAAGAACCAGGUGAUCCCUCGGGAGACUAUCUUGGGCACAUUGAAAAGAUUCAAGCAACUUAGGAAAUGGAAUCUUGUCAGCGAGAUUCUUGAAUGGCUCAGGAUUCAACCAUGGUGGGACUUCAGUGAAAUGGACUUCCUUAUGCUUAUAACUGCAUAUGGGAAGCUGGGGGACUUCAAUAAAGCUGAAAAAGUUUUGGGCUUUCUAAACAAAAAAGGAUGUGCUCCAAAUGUCAUCUCCCACACUGCCCUCAUGGAAGCAUAUGGGAGAGGAAGAAGAUAUAACAAUGCUGAAGCCAUCUUUCGAAGAAUGCAAUCUUCAGGCCCUGAACCCUCCGCUCUGACAUAUCAAAUUAUACUGAAAACAUUCGUUGAGGGAAACAAAUUUAAGGAAGCUGAAGAAGUCUUUGAGACACUUUUGGACAAGGACAAGUCCCCCUUGACCCCUGACCAGAAAAUGUUUCAUAUGAUGAUCUACAUGCACAAGAAAGCUGGAAAUUAUGAAAAGGCCCGAAAGCUGUUUGCUCUGAUGUCCGAGAGGCACAUUGAGCAAUCUACUGUUACGUACAAUAGUCUAAUGUCGUUUGAGACCAAUUACAAGGAGGUCUCAAAGAUCUAUGAGCAGAUGCAGAGAGCGGGUCUUCGGCCUGAUGUCGUGAGCUAUGCCUUACUUAUUAAAGCCUAUGGAAAGGCCCGGAGGGAUGAAGAAGCUCUCGCUGUUUUCGAGGAGAUGCUAGAUGCUGGUGUUAGGCCAACUCACAAAGCUUACAACAUAUUGCUUGAUGCAUUCGCGAUAUCUGGAAUGGUAGAGCAAGCUCGGACUGUAUUCAAGAGCAUGAGAAGGGACAGAUGCAUGCCGGAUCUCUGCUCGUACACGACCAUGUUAUCAGCUUAUGUCAAUGCAUCAGACAUGGAGGGAGCAGAGAAGUUCUUGAGAAGGAUGAAGCAAGAUGGCUUCAAACCGAACGUGGUCAGUUACGGCUCAUUGAUCAAAGGUUAUGCCAGGGCAAACAAUCUUGAAAAGAUGAUGGAGAAAUACGAAGAUAUGAGGGCGUCUGGCAUCAGGGCAAACCAGACUGUCUUAACAACAAUCAUGGAUGCGUAUGGUAAAAACCGUGAUUUUGACAGUGCUGUGGUAUGGUUCAAGGAGAUGGAGUCUCUCGGGCUUUGGCCAGACAAAAAGGCUACGAAUAUACUUCUCUCACUGGCUAAAACAGCCGAAGAGCAGGAGGAAGCUGAGCAACUUGUCGGGCUACAGAGUCGUGGAAACGAGCAAACAUUAGAUAGGCUUUUGGGGUUCGAUGACAAUGAUGAUGAUGAUGAGGAAGUAGACGAUGGAGAUGAUGUUGAUAUUGAGCAGAACGAUCUGAUGUUCUUCAGAUCUCCAAUGAAACCAAUGCAACCUGCAUAGUUUUGGUUUUUUUGUUGGCAUGGCAAUAGAAAUUUUGUCCAUCUAUAGGCAUCAGUAUAUUACUCAACCUUGAAAAUCAAUUCAAGAUACAAUACCGUCACCUCUUUGAUAACAAACAUUUCACCUA